UAGAUGGAUAUUGAUUAUUCCUUUCCUAUGUCUUUAACCUUCACCAGUAAAUUACUUAAUUUUCGAUUACGUACAAUAGGCUCCUGUGUUUUUAUCUCUUAUAUAUAAUAUGUGUGUGUGUGUAUAUAUCCAUCCUCAACUCAUCAUGCGAACUACAUCUGUUAAAGACAUAGGAAAGGAAUAAUCAAUAUCGUCGUCGAUCAGCAUGAAGAUUUUAAUUAGCUUGAAACUUGUAGUCGGCUUGUUAUUAGCUACUGUUGGCAUCUUCCAUUGCCAAGCUUCGCCUUCUCGCUACACUUUUGUGGUCGAAGAAACUCCAUACAAACGAUUGUGUUGCACAAAGAACAUCUUGACUGUAAACGGCCAGUUUCCUGGACCAACAUUGUAUGUUCAUGCUGGAGAUACUAUCGUAGUGGAUAUCUAUAACAAGGGCAAUCGUAACAUUACCAUCCAUUGGCAUGGAGUUAAGCAACUGAGGAAUCCAUGGUCAGACGGUCCUGAUUACAUCACGCAAUGUCCUAUCCAACCAGGAGCCAGGUCUACCCAAACCGUUAUAUUUUCCUCAAAUGAAGGGACUCUAUGGUGGCAUGCCCAUAUCCAGUGGGAUCGAGCCACCGUCCAUGGUGCUAUAGUCAUAUACCCCAAGAAGGGAGCCACUUACCCUUUUCCCAAACCUCACGCUGAAUUUCCAAUCAUCUUGGGAGAGUGGUGGAAGGAAGAUAUCGGACAACUUUACAAUGAAACCAUUCAAAGCGGAUCGGACGCUAAUACUUCAAAUGCUUUCCUCAUCAAUGGUCAACCAGGCGAUCUCUAUCCUUGCUCAAAACCAGACACAUUUAAGCUCAAAGUUGAUUCCGGCAAAACCUACCUGCUCAGACUAAUCAACUCUGCCGUGCAAGUGAUGCUGUUUUUCGCCAUUGCUAAUCACAACGUCACGGUUGUAGGCUCAGAUGCUAGCUACACCAAGCCAUUUUCAACAGAUUAUGUGACCAUAUCUCCCGGCCAAACCAUUGACCUCUUGUUAAAUGCCGACCAAAUCCCCAAUAACUACUACAUUGCUACGAAAGCCUACGUUGGCGGGGCUGGGGUUCCCUACGACAACACAACCGCCACUGCCAUACUCCAAUACCACGGAAAUUUUAAUUCAUCUCCUACUUCUUUGCCUAAUAUUCCUUUCUAUAACAACACCAACGCAUCGGUUCACUUUACCGGUAAACUCAAAAGCUUGGCUGAUAAAAACCACCCCGUUGACGUGCCACACAUGAUAACAACUCCUUUGUUCUUUACAAUCUCCGUCAACUUACUACCCUGCCCGAAUAAUUCAUGUGGUGGGCCUAAUGGGACUCGUUUUGCCUCCAGUGUCAACAACAUUAGCUUUGUCAACCCCACCAUUGACAUAUUGCAAGCUUACUAUUACCAUGUGAAUGGGGUAUUUGGAACUCGCUUUCCAAAUUUCCCCCCCUUGCAAUUUAAUUUUACAGCGCCAAACUUGCCGUUGUACCUACUCCCGACAAAGCGAGCGACAGAGGUGAAGAUACUGGAGUACAACUCAACGGUGGAGAUAGUGUUUCAGGGGACAAAUAUAGUGGCAGGUGAUGACCAUCCGAUGCAUCUACAUGGAUUCAGUUUCUACGUUGUGGGAUGGGGGUUUGGGAAUUUUGACAAGGACAAGGACCCUUUGACAUAUAAUCUUGUCGAUCCUCCUCUUCAGAACACCAUCGCUGUCCCUGUAAAUGGUUGGACUACCAUUAGAUUCAAAGCAGACAAUCCUGGCGUUUGGUUUAUGCACUGUCAUAUCGAUCGGCAUAUGUCAUGGGGCAUGGACGUGACAUUCAUAGUGAAAAAUGGAAAGGGUCCAGGAGCACAAAUUUUACCUCCGCCACAAGGACUGCCUCCGUGCUAACAAUAUUUAUAAGGCUUUGAAGCUGGUUCAAUGUUCAUGGCAAUAAAUUGGGACAGCAUGUAGUUAGUCCCUUCUAUUCCGGAUAUUUAUGUCAGUAGAAUUUAACAGGUUUUGUGAUGGCGAUCAACGACUCAAGAAUAAGAGGAAAGGUUUCCAUCAAAGAAAUAUGAUGAUCAAUGCGCUUUGUAUUCGUACUAAAAUUAAAAUUUACCUGGCCUUAUCUUCAGAACACCAUCAAAGAAAUAUGUGAAGCAAUACGCUGCUUUAACAAUAACCCUCCAUUUUGCUGGAAGAACGUGGCUUUGAGAAUAAAGAACUUCCGUCUCUUCACACUGGAAUAAACCCCAGUGAUCCCAAACGACAUAAAUAAGCCAAAAAAGCCCAGACCCGCAAGUUUAACUUUAAUUAUGUACUAACAUAUUCAGCACCACUGCUAAUAAAUUGAUCAAAUUAAUUUUUUUGCUUUAAUUAUAUACUAUCAGUCUAGGUACGUGCCUAGACUGGAAAAACUUUUAUGUGUUUGAUGUAGCGUCCACCAGUUUUCCUAUGGUAAUAAUUAUAUCCCUGGUUUGUUUUUGAAAUGCCAUACUGCAGUUCUGAGUUCUGUGAUAUACAUAUAGAUUCGUUAUUAUCUCAUAAAAGAAAAUGAUAUUAAUUUUUUUUUUUUUAAUUUUUUUGGAAAACCUCAGCGGGAUGAGAGAAAUUUAUUGAUAGGAAAAAAGAAAUUACACUUAGUUAGGGGGGGACAUAAACCUUACCCCUCAUAGAACAAGAAAAAUGAAAUACAAGGAGGGGGGGGGCAUACACCUUCAAAGAAAAUACAGGAAAAAAGAAAAGAGGGGUGUGUUGUUUUUUUUUUGGGGGGGGGGGGGGGGGGAGAGAGA